GCUGGCGGAUGUAUAAGGCGUUUAGGUGUCUUCGCCGAUCGCCUGACUCUGCCGCCUGGGCUCGCCCGCUCCGCUCUCCCGUGUGCGCCCGGCGGCGGCGGCGGCUCUGCAGCUCCGCGCUGCCCGGGGAGGGGAGGGUCCGGCCCCGGCCCGGCCGCGUGCAGCUGCGGCUCCGGGGGCAGGGCAGGGCGCGCGGGCGGCAUGGAGGCGGCGGAGGCGCGGUGCCGGGUGCUCUCUAUCCAGAGCCAUGUCGUGUGCGGCUACGUGGGCAACAAGGCGGCGAGCUUCCCGCUGCAGGUUCUGGGAUUUGAAGUUGAUCCUGUGAAUUCUGUCCAGUUUUCAAACCACACAGGUUAUGCUCACUGGAAGGGUCAGAUGUUAAAUUCAGCUGAACUCCAUGAGUUGUAUGAAGGACUUAAACUGAACAAUGUCAACCACUAUGACUACGUACUCACAGGUUACACGAGGGACUCAUCAUUCCUUGCAACGGUGGUUGAUAUCGUUCAGGAGUUGAAGCAACAGAACUCUGACCUGGUGUACGUGUGUGAUCCAGUGAUGGGUGACAAAUGGAAUGGAGAAGGCUCUAUGUAUGUGCCAAAGGAACUUCUCCCAGUCUACAGGGACAGAGUUGUACCCGUUGCAGAUAUAAUAACUCCUAAUCAGUUUGAGGCUGAGUUGCUCACUGGCAGAAAGAUUCACACAGAAAAAGAAGCUUUAGAGGUAAUGGAUAUGCUUCAUGCUAUGGGACCAGAGACAGUGGUGAUCACAAGCUCAGACCUACAGGGUUCUCUAGGAAGUGACUUCCUAAUUGCACUAGGGAGCCAAAGGAAAACUAGAGCGGAUGGCACCAAGGUGACCCAGAGAAUUCGAAUGGAGUCUCCUAAAGUGGAUGCUGAUUUCGUUGGAACUGGAGACUUGUUUGCUGCGAUGCUCUUGGCCUGGACACACAAACAUCCAAAUAAUCUUAAGGUGGCAUGUGAAAAGACUGUAUCAGCUAUGCAGCAUGUUCUGCAAAGGACCAUCAAGUGUGCAAAGGCACACGCUGGAAAAGGAAACAAACCUAGCCCAGCCCAGCUGGAAUUGAGAAUGGUCCAAAGCAAAAAGGACAUAGAAAACCCGGAGAUAAUAAUAAAAGCUACUGAAUUAUAAAGGCUGUAUGUCUCCCAAUGACGCACAAUGUAUUGAUGUCCUCUUUUUCUUUCCUGUAAAUUGUAAUGUUUGCCUUAGAUCUGUGACAGAAACCUGACUUCCAUGAAAUAGUGCCCUGCAUAGGCAGAUAUCCACAAUCAAACAUAUGUGCUGACCUUGCUUGGUUUAAGGGGGGGGAAAAAGUGAGUAGUAAAACUUACUCGCAGAUAUCAAAAUGGCUGUCAAAUUCACUCAGUCUGUGUACCAUAGGCAAGAGAAUACACAGGUUCCUGCCUCGCGAAAGUUUUUGGGUAUGAAUUUGCUAGUGGAAUGACUGACUGGCAUAUAUGUUGUAGCAAAGCAUCUAGUGCCAAUUUCACUAGCUACCUACUCCCUUAGCUGAAGGCAUUUGGCAGCUUAUUGUGGUAUUCACUAUCUUGACUUCUAUGAAACUCAGUAGGGUUGAAAUUGCACACAACUUCAGGCUGUGUAUGGGGAGCAGUUUGGAGAUAUUUAGCAUUAGGUGCUCUGAAGAGGUCUUGAAGUAUAACUUCAUGUUGCUAAUAACUUUUCCUGUUUCUAGCCUGUGAAUGAAUAUGUGAUUCCAAUUUCUAUAGGCGCUAAUCCCUUUAUUUCCAGUGACCACAAGUAUCCACAUCACUUUGUCCCCAUGUUCCACUCCAGAAAAGACCAGCGUUACUAAUCUAAUUAGCCAGUCAGUAGCACCAAGUAGAAAUUUGUAAUUCUACCUCUGGGACCAGAUUUAAUUCUUUUUUUUAUUAAGACUUCAAGACAAAGCUUCUUUAAGAAAGGAAGACGAUGUGGCUACCUUUUGUAAAAGUAACCCUGUUAGUAUUCUAACGGAUAGCAAGUCAUUGGGAUACUGACAGCAUUCAUUAUUUGUUGAGGGCAUUUUACCCUUCAUGGAUGGUUCAAUUUAGAAACCUCAGAGGGUGCACCUGCUUAACAAAAAUGAGCACUGUACAACAGUGUCAUCAGUAAAGCACUAAAUAGUGAACAGUUGCCUACACUUGCCUGCAGACAUAAGUAGAGAGAUUAGUUGGUUCAUAAUGCCAUUCUUCAGACAGUUUCAUGAUCUGAAUUUUACUGAAUUAUUUUAUGCUUGCUCUCCAAAACAAAUAGCAAUUUUUUUUUAAUGUGUGUUGCAGGAUGUUCGAAUGUAUCUAAGAAUCUAUGAGACUGCUUAUUAUCAUCCAUAGUACCGAAGCACUUCAGUAUAAAGUUCCUCUUGAUCUAGUUUUUUCCCUCCUUCCAUGGAGGCAACUGGGGAAUUUUUAUUGGUUAACUUUUUUGUACCGAAAUCCUGUUCCCUGAAGUGCUCUCAGAAUGAGUUUCUUGACAAUUUCUAUAUUCUGGGUGCUGAUUAGGCAGUGAGGAUAUUCCUGAGAGAUGUUGACCACCUGCAACUCCUCUUGACUUCAACAGGCAUUGCAAGUUCUCUGCACCUGUGAGAAUGAGUCCUAGUGUAUUGUAUGUGCCCAAACCUGAAAACACAGUCUGUGAGCUUGAUUUGUUCAUCCUAGGGGACACAGAUACAAAUUGCACCCUCUUGCAGUAGCAGGGAGCAGUUGUGCACCGAGGGAGAUGCUAAAAGGAGGGUAGUUUAAGUCCCAUCCUCUGCCUGAGGCUGCCCAGAAAAAGCAUUUGAUCUGUGUGUUUCCUGGGUGCCUUCCCAGAAACUUCUUCCUGGCCAGCCCUGCCCAGUUACUAAGCUGUGUCAACUGGCUAGGUCUUACUAAGCUGUGUCAACUGGCUAGGUCUAGGUCCCUCAGCAGUGCUUGGGUUGUAGGUAGAUUGUGCCACUGUAGUCUUUGUUCAUCCAACAUCCAAGUGGACUUUCUGCCAUCGGAGCCCCGAUUUUGUUUCUACUAGCAGACCUCAGGGAGAGAAUUUACACAGGUAUCACUAAUUUUAGGCCAAACAGAUUUAAUGUUUUUCUUUUUAAUAGAGUGGAAGUUUUCCAAUUUUAAUAGAUUUCUUAAAUCUCUCUCUUUCAGCAUCUCUGAAGCAAAUAACACGCAAGAUGCUAAUGCAUUUUGCAGUAAGUUUAAGAGAAGAACUCUCAGCUUUUGCUCUAAGUGGCUAAUACUUUAUCAUCUCCAAUGCACUCAGCAAUUAAAAGUUAAAAAUUUGCUCUUCUGACAUAAGAAACACACAAAAGAACCUGGAAAUUACUUAGUAAACUUGACUGUAUUGCCACAAUUUACAAUAACCUCCACCAUGAAAUAACUUCCUAGCAAUAAUAAUUCUGGUAAUAGGAAUAAAGCAUAGCAGUCUCCUUCAGCGCAUGAGCUUAUGGCUGUUGUCUAGCAUUCAAAGUCCUCAGCACCGUAUGUUUAAAUAGUUUAAAGCUGUUUUCCUUCUAGCUAAUGGCUAAUUCCCAUAUGUUUAAAAACUCAUCUUUAUUACAUAAAAACUGCCCUCUUUAUCAUACAAUGUUUGCUGUGGAAGCUGCAUGGGAAAUGUAAUCAACUUUCAAAUGAGAGAGCGUAGCUUUUAAAUAAAAAUUAUAUUUCAGUAAUACAACUCCAAGGGCUUUCUACUUAUUUUUCAACACAAAUACAUUUUUACCACUACCAAGUGUGCUAAUCACUUAGUGGCCAUGUAGCCCACCCCAGGGAUAACUAUAAGCAUAAACCUUUUUUAUUUCACUGUUUUAAACUCAUAACAUUUCAUGUUGACAUUUGCAGUCAUUCCCAUAGACCUGGGAAGCUAUGAUCAACAGACUGUUGCUCCAUCUCUUCACACAAUGAUUCUUUAAAUAGCCUCACAGUGUUAAACUUAUAGGACUAGAUCCUACAGCAUUUUCAGCUUUUCCAUAGCUUAGUGAGAAAUUCCUGUUCGUCAUGUCAGGGGGUCAAAGAGAGAGGUUCAUAAUCCUCUUCUUUUUUGAAAAGUAGCAGUAACAAUACAGAUCCAAGCUUCUUGCCAUCAAGAGAGCAUAUUUAUGGCAAGCUUGCGAUAAGAUGGUACAAAAGGAGUCUCUUCUGGUGUUUAGGAGCAAAUACAUUGGUUUGUGCUUCUGGAAAAAGGGAGGGGUUAAUAUGGAAAAUGGAAUAAUAGAUUCCAUGAAAGGGGUUAAUAAGUUAAAUGACAAUAAUUCAAUACAGAAUUUUUAUCUGUAAAACUUAGCCAAAAUGAAUUUUCCUAUGAAGCAGAACAGAGGCAAGCUAAUAAGAGGUGCCUGUGACUUGCCAUAUCAGCUUGGACCUGUGGUCUAAAUCAGAUAUUCAGGAGUGGCCUAUGCCGGAUGCUUCAGAGGAAGGUGGACUCUCCUCGUCCCCCGUCCCCUCCAGUAAUGCCCUUCUAGUUUAAUACCUGUGAUGAACUGACACAAUACCCACAGGAAAGCAGAGGGAAAGUAAAGACAUUAAAAUGCAGAAUUGAACUUGGAGAAGUUCAGUUAUGAACUGGCCACAAUUUGCAGCCACUGCAUUCUACCAUCUUCUGUUGAAGUCAGUGGGAGAUGCUUGUAUGAUAUCUGAAUGAACUCCCAUUGAAGUCAAUGAUAUUCUUUCCGGGACUUUAAUUAGAUCAUCAGCUGCAGAAGCAGGCUCAAUGUCUAAUAAUUGAAGAAGCAUUGAGAAACUGACUGUAAGUGCACAUUGUAGUUACCUUGUAACAUUGUACAUUGUAGUCAUAACAUAUGGACAAAGGUAUUUUUAAAUGUUAAAGCAAUUCAUAUAACUUGCAGGCAUUUUUACUAGUGAAAUGUUAUGCAGCACUUUUUCCUAGUGUUCUUAGAACAAACUGUAUGUGCCACACUGCACAAACUCAACACAAUCAUAUCCAAUCAUUCUUUUAUUCCCUCUUCUUUUCUCUUGGAUGUAACUGAUACAGAAAUUAUACGUACUUCCAGAGCAGCUAGGAAACGGCUCAAUAUUCACUCUGGCCUUUAGCACAGUUGCCCAUUAUCCAUUUAAAGGAAAUGAAUCUAUCACAGGGGUCAAGUCUUAUCCACUUGCAGAUCCUUAUCCAAAGAAAAGCUGUCAAACUAAAAUGAAUGUCUCCAAUGACUGCAGAGGUACAAGCAACUUGGCAGAGAGCAGUAGAUUCAAUCAUUCUGUUCAGUAAUUUUCAUCUGUCAACAAAAUGGAAGGCUGGUGUUACUUGAGCUAAUUAAAUUGUGUUUGAACCCAUUUUCUGUAAUGAAUUUCUUUGUGUGCAGCCAUUUUGAUUAUUAUAGUUUCACUUAUUUGUGGAGCCUUAUGCAGAAUGGACCAAAACUCUCUUAAAAAUUAAUUAUCUAGUCUAUUCUGGCUGGAACCCAACCUUUUUAUGCAUAAAACUUCUGCUGACUUCCUUGGAAGAUACAUGCAUAACGACACUUUAAAGUUUUUUAUUUUUAAAAAGUGUUGUGGAAGUUUAUUCAUGCUUGGCAUACAUACACGUUUUAAAAAUCUGCAUUAAAAUUGGUAAUGUAGAUGUUCAUUUGCUGAUUUCUAUUUAAAACGCAAGAAAUCUAUAAUCAACAUACCAUACAAAAGAAUCGGAGGACCAAGGUUUCUAGCUAAAAAUACUGCCUUGUUAAGAGUAUCCUAUACGUAUCUGGAUUGGUUGAUGUUAAUUUGUUGUCUGAUACUGUUAUAGUGAUUGUGUUAGUCUAUUUUAUUUGACAAUAUGUGGCAAGAAAGAUUGUAAUAAAAAUGUCUACGUUAAUAUGUUGUGCAUAAAAAUUGUUAGCUCCUAUUUUUGAAUAAGUUGACCAUUUCAGAAUUAAACAAAACAAGAACAGUUCGGCAGUGUUCCUGAGUAAGUGGAUUUGAUUAAGAUUUGAUUAGUAUCUGAUCUAAAGCUUGGGUGGAUAAGGGGAAAGCCCACGUUUGGGCACCUAAAUGGUCCCAAUAUAAAACCACAGGAUUGGGGGAGGGGGCAGGAAUAAGAGGCCUGUCUUCUGCGCAUUUCUUUGAAUAACUUUCAUAGCAGCAGGAACUUGCUGGAAGGUUACGGGUUAAAGCUCACUAAUGGAGAGGAGAUGGCGUUAGUGAUUCGAGGUUGCUAGACUGAUUUAUAGAGGAAGUUUAGCUCCAUAACUGCCUGUGGGAAACCUACAUGUUCCAAUUGAAAAGUGACUCUGGCAUUCUGCAUCUCUAUUCCCAUAUACGUGCUACUGAAAGCUUAGGUGAGAGAGUAUUUUGCCCUCAUCAGGGAUUAGGGGCUCCAGAACAAGAACCACAGUUCAUUCCUUGGUCUGCUUCUUGAGCAGUGAAAUGGAAGGGAGUGCAGUGCCAGGUCAGGUCCCCUGGCCUGUAUCCAUACGGCAUAAUUUACACAUUCGGGCUGUUCUGUGAGUGGAAGAAGGCAGACAUCCAGUUUAGUGAGAAACAUGGGAGUUCCUCUAUUAAAGAAGUCACUUCUGAAAAAUGCCGGUGCCAGUCAGAGAGGCUGAUUUGGUCACUUAGCCAAAUGAAAUUGGUGCCCCCCAAUUAAAUGAAACAAUGGCUCCCCUAUAGCCCUUUAAAAAGUUGAGUUAGACGCUGGUAUAAACUAACACAUAGUCCAGCUACUUAGAAACCAAAAUGUUUCUUGACUGAAGCUUCAACACUAAACAAAUCAUUUCUCUUAAAUCAGAUUGCAGCUUUUCAUUGUUGGAGUAUCUUUCAACGCCUACUUAAGUCAAUGGAACAGAUUUAUUAAUUAAAUAUUUAGAGUAGAAUAUUUUCAAAAGAAAAAUGGCUUUUGAAAAUACAUUUUUCUGCUCUCCUCUUGGUGUUAACUAUUGACAAAUGAGUCCCUUUAUUUGAGGACAGUUUUCUGUUCCAUAGCAUUCUGAAAUAAAUUAUUUGCUGUGCACAGCAACUUGAAAUUUUAAGUCUGCAAUAGUUGUUAAGCUUUGAAACUAGAAAUCUCUUACUUUUAAAUAUUUGGGUCAAUCGGUGAGUUUAUGCACAUUUAUAUUAGAAGAUUUAAGGUAAACAGGAUGGCCUGAUGCUUAUCAGAAACAUGAAAAUGGGUACUUAUUUUACCAAAGAAGAGCCUUGAAGACAGAUCUUACAGGAAAUCUGUUGUUUUUAACGUAUGUUUUCUUCAGAAUGAGAUCCCAAGCUAGUUGCUCAUCAUUUAAAUUAAGUCAAAAAGAAACUAGCCAGAAGAGAAGAACAUAUAAGCUGUAUAGCAGCCCCACAUCUUCCAUACAGUUAACCAGGAAACCAAUCCCAGGCCUCGAUAGUGAUACCAAAAAAAAGAUCCUAUGAAUUGGCACUUGUUGCUCCAGCUACAAGCUCACUCUGGCCUUGAUUCAGGAAAACACUUACAUGCUUAACUUUAAGUAAAUGGGAUGUAAACAUAUAUGUACAGUUAAGCAUGUGUCUGAAGUACUUUCCUGAAUAAGGAUACAUAUUGCUCAAUUGGUGCCUCUGGGAGCAACCACAGGUCUUGAGGCAAAAAAAUCCCUGAAUUUGUAGAGAAUAAGGAAGCACACUGAAGAAAAUACCAACAAUAUUUGAAGGCUGUGCCAUAUGUUAUCACUGAAAUUACCUGUAUAACGUACGUAUUGCCUUUGUUGUUGCAUUGCUUUUUAGAAAAAUCUGUGUCUAGAAGAAUGUAGCAUAUGUACUGUGUAUAUGUGUUAAAGUUUUAGUUGCAGUGGGGGGAAAAUGCAGAAUUUGGGGGCUGGCUGUGCAGGCCUUCAGAAUGGGAGCAGAAAGACUUACGAAUUAUAUUUUUAUAGACAGCACUGUGGCGUCAAGUCCUAGCCACAUCAUAUCUGCCUCUUCCAGGAACGUAACAUUGUGAGGGAGGAGAGCAGAAGGUGGCUAUGACAUGGUAGGGAUAGUACAACCCCAACAGCCCUGGACAGAUUACAAAUAAAUAAAAUAUGCCUUUGAAGUAAUAUUUUUUUAGUUCUAAAUUGUUAGAGAAAUAUUUACAAGUUAACUUUCUAUGUACUUGACAUUUGUGUGGUGUUUCGUAUUGAAUAGAUGACCCUGUUAUAUGUUUACAUCUCUUAAAGAUUGUCCUUGAGGCAUAUAAAAUAAGUAAAUGAAUUUUAUGCCAGACAAACAGAGUGCUAUGUAAUGGUAAUGGUUUUAAUUUCUGGUGAAAAUGUCGGCUUUGAUAGUGUUUGUGUCUAUUCUGGUUGGCUCUCGUGCAUUUUGUUCUUGCUACAGAAAGGCUUAUAUGCUUAAUUGUGGAGGGGUGCAGUAGUACAGUAGAUAAAGGGCCAAAUGUUGCUGCCCAGCCCACUGUAAUUUGUGCAUUGAUUUUUUUUUUUAAACAUCAGUAGUCCCAAAUUUCAGUUUUGAGUUGCAUUAACAGUACUAAUAAAUAAAGCUGGGGUAAGUUAGAAACGUAUGGAUUUUGAUUUAAACAUGUCUCAGAGAUGUUGAGAUGAGUCAAGAGAAUCAAAGUUAACAUGACUGAACUAAAACGGACUGUGAAGCUGGCUGGCUUUGUUUAGCUGCCCAUGCAGAGUGGAAUGCAAAAAUAGACAAACAGUGUGGAUGGAGAAAAGUGAAGGGUUUUUUUGGCCAGCAAGUUGUAGUAAUUUGAAGUGUUACGAACAUUUUUUUUAAUACAUGGCCUGACUUUCAGAAGAGCUGAGUUACCAAUAAAUCCCAUUCAGUUGGAGUUGUGGGUUUCCAGCACCUUUGACGGUCAGACCAAUUAUUUCUUACCUUGAUGUACUUUUUCUAUGUUUAAUUUUUAGGGCUGGGAGAAUAGGACAAAAGCAAAUCACUUCUAAGUAUCAAGAAACUGGUUUCGUUUUUUUUACAUUUAUUUUACAGGGCCUCCAUGCAGGGGCGAGGGGCUGCCUGCAUAGAUAAACAGGGUUGAAGUCCAAUGUUGGAUGAUGUAUCCAUAUCCCAGCCAUAUAUACAUACAGGUUGGAGAAAUUAUUUGACAACAGUAAACAAUAAUGUCUUCUUUCCCUUCUCUUAUUUUUCUAAAGAAACAGUCCAGUCUCCUAAAAACACUUAUAAAUACCUCACUUUUUCCAGUAGCUGGGGAAGAACUUAUCAGCUGUUUUCUCUUGGGAGUUUUUUCGUAUCCAGGCCUGAGAAAGUGCUACUUCUGCUUUGUAGAGAUAGUAAAGAACUGAAAAACCUGAUGGAGCAUCUAAUCAUGUGACAUGGGACAGAGGAGGGUAUGCUUUAUUCUGUGCUUUACUGUGCACAUGCCCGACUCCCAUUGGGAUCUGUGGGCACAAUUUAUGUGUGAUGAGUCUUGAGGAGAGAAUAGAGCCCCUGAGGGAUGGCAGUAUCAAAAUGCACUUAUUUCUCUAUCUGCACUGCCCUUAAGGAGGAAAUGGACCAGUUCUUGGAAGCUUGGAACCCUAAGGCAGGGAGAGCCAAGUUUGUUUGGUUUUAUUUUCAAAUACAGCCCCCAGGGCCUGAUUCAGCAAAUCAUGCAUUUGAUAUUAAAGCACAUGCUUAUGUGCUUUGCUGUAUUGGGGCCCUCAUGGGUCACUUGCUGCCUUUCUAACCAUAUGAGACUUCUAACAGUGGCAUAGUUUUCAUGAGCCCUUAGAUUCACAUAGGGGAAAUAAAUGGAAGGUGCUUGCAUAUGGCAAUCAUUUGCACCUCUUUUUGUAUAUUUCUAAAGUGAAAUCAAUAACACAAUUAGGGGCAGGAUUUUGCCCAGUUCUAAGAACAACAAAAACUUUUAGGCCUUGAUCCUGCAAAUAGUCAUGUGCAUGCUUAUACUUUAAUGUGCACAAGUAGGUCCUAUUGAUGUCAAUGGGGCUAUCCACAUGCAUUAAAGGUUAAGAAUGCAUUUGCAAGAUGUAAUGUAUUAAAUUUUAUAUUCCUUAACUUUUACAAUAGUAUGUAUGAGGCUAAUAGAACACUCUAAGAUACAAUUAACAUCACCUGUUCUUCCACACCCAAAUGCUAUGUCAUUUUGAAAGAAUAGAUAUGCUUGAUACUGAAUUGCUAGCUGGUGUGGUGGGCCCCACUUAUUUCAUGAAGAACUUUGGUGUUUAAUCACUAACCAAUAUUGAAAUCUCAGUGCUCUCAAGUGAAUUCAGUUUGAUUGUUUCAACCGAGUACCUCUCUCCCACUGCAAAACCACUACACAGUUGCACAAUUUGUAGUUCAGUGAUUGUCAUUGUCAUCGGAAGAUCCACUGGAACUGGAUAGGGUUGCCUUUUACAACUACAUUAUGUAGGUAAAGUAGUGUGAAGUAGCUUUCACAGUGCCUGCUUUCACAGUAGUUGCGCAUUGUCAGCGUUAUCCAGAUCUGACAAGAAUUGUUUAAAAAUUAGACUGUUUCUGUAGAAUAAAUUAUUGUAGUUCUUGCAGCAAACCUGCCACACUGAACUCAUAGUUUUUGCACAAGAAAAAUGUAAGGCACCCAAUAAACCGUGCUGUUCAUUGUCGAAAACACUGUGUUGGAUUUGAAUUGUGCUGCACUCUUCAGCAUCUAAUGGGUUCCUUUUUUUAAGUCUCCCAGUCUUGAGUGGCAUUAAUAUGUAUUUUUUUCUUUAUUUACAGAUUUAAAAAAAAAAAACUUCCUGAACCAAAAUAAUACUAGUAUCCCUAUGAGGAAGGGAGUUCCAGAAGAUAUAGUUUCAGGCAGUAUAAUACUAGUUGUCAUUGUCAGCUGUCAGCCUAGUACUACUUUGUCUGAAGAACCUAUUAAUAAAUGACCAAUUGUAGAAGAGCACUUGUGGAUGUAUAUACAUGAUAGUCUAGCAGAGCCCUUAAGUAUGAGCCUAACUUUAAGCAUGUGAGUAGUUCCAUUGACUUCAGUGAUACUACUCAUGUGCUUAAAGUUAAGCAUGUGCUUAAGCACUUUGCUAGAUUGAAGUCUUUGUCCGUAAGUGCCAAGUGGCUCCAUCAGAAUUGAUAUUUAUACAAGAAAUGUUCAAUACUGAUUGAACAAUAUUUUCUCCUGACUUAUUAAAAUAUUGGAAAACUAUAGUAUGGUUUGUCAUUUUAGGAGAGAGAUGAUGUGAUAGAAGGGUUUAAGUUCUGGAUAUUCUAAUGCCAUUGAAUCGUGACCUUACAAUUUGCUGUUGGCGCCAUUUUAAAUGUAGCCUUUUUAUGUUACUUUCACUUUGGAAAAUGAAGAAACAUUAUUUCCUAAAUGCCAUUUUACUGUGCUUUUCACUUAUUCAAUCGCUGGAGAAAAAGAAGUUUGGAAUUAUCUUCCAUUGGUGUUUUCUCCAGGCUGUUGAUUUCUGAAUUAACUACGAAAAGGAGGACUGAAGUUUGGCCUUACUUAAAAUAUAUAAAAUGAACCUUAAAUAUUGACCCAAUUGGUAAUUUUUUUCUUCUUCUUAACGAAAGGUGGUAGCAUCUGGAAGAGGCCAAUGUGUAGGACUUUAAUUUGAAGCACAUUUAAUCCUGCUGUACUGCUGUCCAGUGUAAAUGAACAGGGCAGAGGCCACCAGAAUCUGUUAUCAAAUAGAGUAAUGCUGUAAUACAGAGUGUAUGUUUUUGUGAAAGUCUUAACCUCUUCUUAUGAAGAUUAAACACAAAUAAUUAUUUUCAUGGUGUAUACGUAAAAUGUAAUUUUUUUUUUCAAUAAAAUGUUUCUUUUCCUAAA